UCCCCCGAGAUACGACUGUAUUUGGAGACCGAAACAAUGUCCCAAAGCAAGGCGUAAAGUCGAAUAUCUGUGAAUAUAAAGUUUGUAACCGAUGUGUUGAAGGGUCGCGGAAUGUAUGAUAUUGUGCAUUUUAUUUAAAAUAAUGUUCGAUAAUGUAUUUAUUUUACUCCAAAAGGUGUUUACGCGAUAUCGAUAUUCAAGAUCGGGUAGUUGUGAAAUCUUUGGAAAUCCCAGGUGACAACUGUUCUACAUUUUUGGCUUAAACUCCUCGUGAACAGCUCGAUUUAACCCAUUGCCUCAUAUAAACGCUUGAAAACAUGGAUGUGUGAGUGAACAACGAUGUGUAGAAGUGUUGAAGUUUAUGUCAGAACUUCGGUAGAAGCUGGGCAAACAGGAAGCUUGCAGUUUCGUCCUCGGUGAUAAACAACCAAAACACUGAGUAAGAAGAAUUAAACGAUCUAUCUAGGAGUAUCAGAAUAGCGGGGAAAUGAAUGUACCAACAAAUCAACGUGAAAGAGUGUUUUUUUAAUAAACUUUUUGUUCCAUAUGGAUUGAAGAGUACACAUGUUUUGUUUUGGGCCGGUAGCUUGUGCACAACGUGAUGACAAUUCUCAAAAUGGCACCAAAAAAAACGCUUCACACUGACGUUUCAACUGUUAUAAUAAGCUUAAACUCUGCAAUAUCGCUUGCUCUUUAAGCCAGUUUUAAGCCUGCUCUUUAAGCUUCCAGCAACUCGAAAACGCUAACAAUCUGCUCGAAAAUGUCACUUGGGAUCCCAGGUGACAACUGUUCUACAUUUUUAGCUUAAACUCCUUGCGAACAGCUCGAUUGAACCCAUUGCCUCAUAUGAACGCUUGAAAACAUGGGUGUGUGAGUGAACAACGAUGUGUUGAAGCGUUGAAGUUUAUGUCAGAACUUCGGUAGAAGCCGGACAAACAAGAAGCUUGCAGUUUCGUCCUCGGUGUUCAACAGCCAAAACACUGAGUAAAAAGAAAUAAACGAUCUAUCCAGGAGCAUCAGAAUAGCUGAGAAACGCAGGGAAAAUAACAAAACAACGUGAAAGAGUGUUUUAUAAUAAACUUGUUGUUUAAUAUGGAUUGAACAGUACGCAUGUUUUGUUUUGGGCCGGUAGCUUGUGCACAACGUGAUGACAUUUCUCAAAAUGGCACCAGAAAAAACGCUUCACACUGACGUUUCAACUGUUAUAAUAAGCUUAAACUCUGCAAUAUCGCUUGCUCUUUAAGCCAAUUUUAAGCCUGCUCUUUAAGCUUCCAGCAACUCGAAAAACGCUAACAAUCUGCUCGAAAAUGUCACUUGGGAUGUGUCUGUAACGGUUAUCAGGCAUUAGGUGAAUUCGUGGUGCCCAAAAUGAGGAUUAAGAGUAAGCAUGAAUCAGCUUGCUCUUUCCAAAUCUAGAGGGGAAUUAAAUCUACUGAUACCAAAAUUAAAGCUACCCUCAUUGAUAACAAAUAGCUACUUAAAAGAACAACACUGUAUGCCCUUCACAUCCAGAAUUAAACCCAAAACAGAGAAUCCCCCGUGAUAUACAAUUAAUCCCCAAAAACUAUCCAUGGGUGGAAACUUUAACCAUAGACUGUGCAUAUCUUACAGAACGCAUGAUAGAGAACCCUACAGCAAGGGAAAUACAUAAAACAAUGAUUAACUUCAUUCCUCCUUCUUCAAUUGCACAAAAUACAUACCCAGCAUUAAAAUGGAACAAAAUAGGGCGAGAUAUCAAUUCAAAUGAACACAGCUCAAAACAAAGAAUCUUAUACUAUUUACUAGUAAAUGAAAAAAUAAUACUCAGGAUCAAAAAUUCAAACAAAAUUACAAAUCGGUUCCAAAUUGCUCAUUUUGUGGAAUUACUGAAACAUUAGAACAAAAAUUAAAAAAAAAAAACUGCAGACAACUUGAAGAUUACUGGUGUUGUGUCCGCACAAAUGAGACAUGAUACGUGUUGUACGGCACAAACAGAAUAUGUGUUUUAUUCCUAUCUUUGAUAUGGGUAAUACAAUAACACGUAUAUAAAUAGAAACGCACACACACACACACGCGAUGCGGGGAGAGGACGAAUGGUCCUGCUCGCGCCGCGAUCCUCACUGAGGAGGUCACCGGAUGACAGCCCUGCUGUCAACGGCGAGCCCUCAGGAUGAGGCAGCGGUCUGUCCACAACAACUGGGAUAUGUUUAAAUAAAUUAUUGAAGCGUACCACAUAAAACCUCUUACAUUCAACGAAUUAUCUAAACCAGAACUGAGAGGCAUAAAUAAGCAAAAUGGAAAAAAAAAAUCACGAGUAUUUUCAUCAACUACGUAGAAUUGAUAGAAAAUAAUGCAAUAAAACAAAUAACGAGUAAAAACACGUUGAAGGUCAUGAUAAAUUAGGGAAUAGUUUGUAAGCACAUAUACGGAUUUGUAUUGUUUUAAUAAAAAAAAAAAUCAGCACAGAAAUUAAAAAAAAAAUUACACCAAUUUCUUCUAAAUGACAACUUUUCACUGUCAAAAUCAAAAUCGUCGUAACGCGAGGGACGCCUGUACAUGGUUUGUGGGCGCACGGGAUGAUUCCCGACGUGCAUCGGUGGAUGGGAGACGGAGGCAUGGUGAGGUGGAUUUCCAUCUUUCGCAGGUGCUUAGCGGACCUGGGGGGCGAUGGGUGCUCGAUAAGGAGACCCAUCGCAAAUCGGUCCAAAGGGCGCAUCGACCGGGGGCUCUCCGAGUCGCCAGCGCCUUCCAGACCGUGUCUUAUGAUGCCGCUUGCGUUGUCGCCAACACCACCCCGUUAGUCCUCCUCAUGCAGGAGGAUAUCCGCUGCCAAGACGAAAAGGUAGCGAGUGGUGGCGUUCAAUCGGACAUACGGAAGCGGCAACGGGAGGAGACGAUGAGGCGCUGGCAGGACCAGUGGACAACGGGUGCAGGGCAACCUGGAGCACCAGGACUGAAGACGAGGAGGCUGAUUCCAGACAUUAAUCUCUGGGUCAGCCGCAAGCAUGGGGAAGUCGACUUUUUCCUCACCCAGCUCCUCACGGGGCACGGGUUCUUGCGCUCCUAUUUCGUCGAGAAAGGCAUCCUGGAAGGCUCGCCCAACUGCCCUGAAUGUGGGGACGCCGUGGAAGACGUUGAACACGUGCUGUUCCACUGUCCACGGUUCGAUCGGAUCCGGAAUGAGAUGCAGCAGCGGUGCCAUUCCCGAGUAACAAUGGAUAACAUCGUCUCGGAAAUGUGCGCCCGCAGCGAUACGUGGGAGGCCGUCCGCGCCGCCGCCAGGACAAUCUUCUCCACUCUCCAAGCGAGAUGGGAUGUUGAGCGUCCACCAACGGCAAGGCGACGCAGGCGGGCCAGACGGCGGGCGAGGGACGCAAAUGGUGGUCCCUCAGGCCCUGCGGCACGGCAACAACCCGCGCCGCAAGGGCCACCGUAAGCUGGAAAGUUACUAAUCUUUUAUCUCUUUUCUUUUCGUUUCUUUCCAGCUUUCUUUUUCUCUUCUCUCAUCUAUUUUCAGCUUUCUUCUAUCUCUUUCUCCUUUUUCUUGUUUCCUCUAUCCAAAUUUCGUUUCAGGAGAACUGCAUUACGGGCUUGGAGUGGUGACCAACGAUGCAGACCCCCCAUUGCCCACCCGAAGCGUGGGCGAUAGGACCAAAGGGACCGCGUCGCACCACGGAAAGCAGCGUAAUAAGCAGAAUCAUCAGACCAGAUCGCCGCAGAAGAUGCGUCGUGACCCAGGGUGCAACCGCACACACGACUCCGCAUGAAGUAAUACGCACCACAAGCGUACCGGCCGAGUUGGGUGAGUCGGAGAGGGGGAUGGGAUGGAAUAUGCUCACUCUUCGUUAACACAAAAAAAAAAAAAAAAAUGUGCUUAGCGGACAUGGGUUCUUCCGCGAGUAUCUGAACGUCUGCGGGUUUGCUUCAUCCCCGGAGUGUCCACGGUGCGCAGCGUCGGUCGAGUCUGUGGCCCACGUCAUGUUUGAGUACCCAGUGUUUGACGACACGCGACGCGAGCUGCUGGGCUGGGGGACACCCGAGGCAGGCAUCAAAUUUUGUUUGCGCAAUGAAAUAAACGCUGCGGAAACAUUCCGCAUGUU